GAGGGUUUGUGUUUUGUUUUAUGAAUAUAAACAUGGAGCAAGUAGCUUCAUCUUCUACAGUUUCCUUUCUUUUUUGGGCUAUUUUGGUGCUUCAUUUGUUGCUUAAAGCUUCUUCCAAUGAUGAAAGUGAUGCCCUUUUUGCAUUCAGGAACAACUUAAAUGAUCCUAACAAUGCUCUUCAAAGUUGGGAUGCUACCCUUGUCAAUCCCUGCACGUGGUUUCAUAUUACAUGCAGUGGUGGUAGAGUAAUCCGGGUUGAUCUUGCAAAUGAAAACCUUUCUGGUAAUCUGGUUUCAAAUCUUGGUGUUCUCUCAAAUUUGGAGUACUUGGAACUUUAUAAUAAUAAGAUAACAGGAACUAUCCCGGAAGAGCUAGGAAAUUUGACAAACUUGGAGAGCUUGGAUCUUUACUUGAACAAUAUAAGUGGUACCAUACCGAAUACAUUGGGCAACCUUCAAAAACUCCGCUUCCUGCGUCUCAAUAAUAACAGCUUGACUGGAGUCAUUCCCAUUUCUUUGACAAAUGUUACUACGCUGCAAGUUCUUGAUGUCUCUAACAAUAAUCUAGAAGGGGAUUUCCCAGUGAAUGGUUCAUUUUCAUUAUUUACCCCUAUCAGUUAUCAUAAUAAUCCUCGCAUCAAACAACCAAAAAACAUUCCAGUGCCUCUUUCUCCACCAUCACCAGCUUCUUCAGGUAGCUCGAAUACUGGAGCUAUUGCUGGAGGAGUUGCUGCUGCUGCUGCUCUGUUGUUUGCAGCCCCUGCAAUUGCACUUGCUUACUGGAAAAAAAGAAAACCGCAGGAUCAUUUCUUUGACGUUCCUGCUGAGGAGGAUCCUGAAGUUCACCUUGGUCAGCUUAAAAGGUUUUCGCUACAUGAGCUGCUAGUAGCAACAGAUCACUUCAGCAAUGAAAACAUUAUAGGUAAAGGAGGAUUCGCAAAGGUGUAUAAAGGACGCUUAGCUGAUGGAACUCUUGUAGCAGUAAAAAGACUUAAAGAGGAACGUUCAAAGGGCGGGGAGCUGCAAUUUCAGACAGAAGUAGAAAUGAUCGGCAUGGCUGUGCAUCGUAAUUUGCUUCGUCUUCGUGGUUUUUGCGUAACAUCUACUGAACGUUUGCUUGUGUAUCCUUUAAUGGCUAAUGGAAGUGUAGCAUCGUGUUUACGAGAACGUAAUGACUCUCAACCGCCGCUUGACUGGCCAAUGCGGAAGAAUAUUGCGCUAGGAGCUGCCAGGGGGCUUGCUUACUUGCAUGAUCAUUGUGACCCUAAGAUUAUUCAUCGUGAUGUGAAAGCUGCAAAUAUAUUGUUGGAUGAUGAAUUUGUAGCAGUUGUUGGAGAUUUCGGUUUAGCAAGGCUUAUGGCUUACAAAGAUACCCAUGUCACUACUGCUGUUCAAGGUACACUUGGGCAUAUACCACCUGAGUACCUGUCAACCGGAAAGUCUUCAGAAAAGACUGAUGUUUUUGGAUAUGGUACGAUGCUUCUUGAACUGACAACUGGACAGAGGGCUUUUGACCUAGCACGUCUUGCCGGUGAUGAUGAUGUGAUGUUGCUUGAUUGGGUUAAAGGACUUCUCCAAGACAAGAAAUUGGAAACACUUGUUGAUGCAGAGCUAAAGGGAAAUUAUGAUCAUGAAGAGAUAGAAAAGCUAAUCCAAGUUGCUUUACUAUGCACACAAGGGUCCCCUAUGGAAAGGCCUAAGAUGUCUGAGGUUGUUAGAAUGCUAGAAGGUGAUGGUUUGUCCGAAAAAUGGGAGCAAUGGCAGAAAGAGGAGACGAACCGACGGGAUUUUAACAACAACCACAUGCAUCACUUUAAUACAAAUUGGAUAGUAGUAGACUCAACUUCACAUAUUCAGGCAGAUGAACUCUCGGGUCCUAGAUGAUCCCUUUGAAGAUUCUAUCAUAUUCACUAGUCAAUACACAAUCCGUCCUCUGCGUGAAAAAUGGGAGCAAUGGCAGAAAGAAGAGAUGCAUCGACAAGAUUUUAACAACAACCGCAUGCAUCACCCUAAUGCAAAUUGGAUAUAGACUGUAUGUAUGAGAGAAACUAGACUAGUAUAGAACUUUUAUGGAAAUAUAUGCAAUUUUAUUUAUCGUUUUCAGAUGGUAAGUAAUUAUUGUUGGAAAUAAUGGUUGGCAUUGCACUUUCUCUGCAAAUAUAUAUAUGUUUGGAAGAUAAUAGAAUCUGUUUUUUCAA